UUUUUUCUUCUUUUCCCAUAUAAAAAGGUUAAAUACCCAUAGAGCCCACUUUCCUUUCUUUCUCUCUCUUUCAUUAGAAAGAAAACCAAAGAUCAUCAAAGGAGAAGAGGAGGAGAGGAGAGGGGCAACCUUAAAUACCGUACCCCAGCAACUCUCUCCAUCGCAAACAAAUCUCUCUUUUUCAAUCUACCAUGGCGGAUAAGGGUCGACCAUUGCCAAAAUUUGGUGAAUGGGAUGUCAAUGACCCAUCAUCAGCUGAGGGCUUUACAGUUAUCUUCAACAAGGCUCGAAAUGAGAAAAAGACGGGUGGAAAGAUUGAGUCGCCAGGGGCCAAUGACCCUGCAUGCAAGCAAGAGGCUGUCGCUGCAAAGCCACAAAAAAAAUGGUUAUGCUGCGUACAAGCUACUCAUGCAGACUAAAGAGAUGGCUCUUACGUUGUUAAGAGCUACCAAGAGAGUAUAUUAUUAUAUAUCUACAUAAAGCCCUUACCCCCUUUCAAAACAAUCCAGAAGACCGGAGCCCGUAUCGGAAGCUAUGAUGGGUCAUGAUGGAAUCGUUUUUGUUUGCAACAAACUCGGGCUCAGGGAUGAGAAAAUAAUGUUGUUUUUAUGUUUAUGUGAUGCUGGUAGCUUGUUAUUGCAGUUUUUGAUGCCUUGUCCAUAUAUAUAUUAUGUCAUGUGUUGAACACUUUUGUUUAUGACAUUUAUAUGCUAUAUGAUAGCUUUAUAUUAUAUUAUAUGAAACCCUUUCAAUUUUA